UGAGCCCGGGGAGAAGCGGCGGCUUUUGUCCCUGGAGCGCCUCCCGGGCGUGGCAUCCGCGCACAAGAGGGGCGCUGCGCUCGUACCCCCCGGGUCUUCCACAGCACCGGCCACGGACUGGACGACGCAACUGGUGGUGUGGGCACACUGGUGGCUUUCACGCCUCUGCGCCCACGCCCUGCCUUCUGGAGCGCUCGGCGCCGAGUGUCGGCACCGCGAUGCCUGGCCUUUGGUUGCUGCUAGCCUUGGCGUUGACCUUGACCGUGGCUGGUAUUCCGGGAGGCCGGGCUCAGCUGGAGGUGGCCCAGCAGGAGGCAGCGAUGGCCAGUGAGCACACCGGCCUGGAUAACCUCUUGCGCCAGGCAGAGCGCCUCCUCCUCCUUCGGGAAGACCUUCUGCAUCUCGGAAAGAACCAGGGUGAUGGAGAAUCAGAGUCCCAGAUCAUUCAACCUGACUGGCUCUCCAAGCGUCAGCAUCCUGGCAAAAGGGAAGAGGAGACAGAAGAGAGAGUUGAAGAGGAGGAGGAAGGAGGGGCUGUGGGCCUCCACAAACGGCAGCACCCUGGCCGGAGGGAGGAUGUGGCUGCAUGGUCAGAUGUAACCCAGCAGAAGCGGCAGCACCCUGGCCGGCGCUCCUCCUGGCUUGGGCAUACUUUCACCAAGAGGCAGCACCCAGGCAGACGGCUGGUGGAUCCCAAGGCCCAAAGGAGCUGGGAAGAAGAGGGGGAGGGGGAGGAGGGAGAGCUGAUGCCUGAGAAACGCCAGCAUCCGGGCAAGAGGGCUCUGGGAGGACCAUGUGAGCCGCAGGGAGCCUGUGGUCAGGCCAGCCUCCUGCUGGGGCUCUUGGAUGACUUGAGCAGGGGUCAGGGGGCUGAGGAGAAGCGGCAGCAUCCUGGGCGGCGGGCAGCCUGGGCCAGGGAGUCCCUGGAGGAGUGAACCCAGCGUCCUAUGAAGUUGGGGUCUAAGAAUGUCUUAAGUCUUGUACGCCCUAUCCCUUUGUGACCCCCUCUUUCCCUCUUCAGAUCCCUGACAUGAACCUGAGCCCCAUGUAUAUACAACACCCAGUUCCCUGGCCUUGUCACCCCUCCCCCUUCAGGGACAUGAGAAAACGAGCCUCUGAGUUAAAACCCCCUAUUACCCCACCUUGCACUGCUGGCAAGGAGACAGAUCCCAGAGUCCGUCUCCCCAUACACCCACAGGUUGCUCCCCUUCCUUAGCCCUGGCUAAAAAUGACCCUUCCGUGUCUUUUAAGGGAUCCCCAGAGAGGAGCAGGGUGACUGGUUCUGGCAGCCAGCGAGGUCAGGGUCGGAUUGAAGAUGUGACGUCCAAAUCCAGUUUCUAUCCCCUCACUCCAUGAGUCAGGAUUUCCCACAUGUAAACUUUACCUCCAGGACCCAGGAUCUCCUCCCUUAUUGGGCAUCUUUUGUGGGUGGGCAGAGUCCUGACCAUGGCUACGCUCUGCUUAGGGGAAGCAUUGCAGGCGGAGGCCUCGUAUGCUGUGCUGCUGUGUGGUGGCUGUGGGAAUAAAUAGGCGAGGGAUGUGUCAACAGCCCUGAAAGCUGAACUUGUAUAUAACCCUCAGGCGCCUUCCCCUUGUCUGUGAUAAUCCUUCGAAUGAUAAUAAAACAUGCAUCUAGAGAAUCUU